AUGUUGGCUGUUUUCUUUAUUAUUUCUUUUAAUCAGCAGCGACACAGCUUCCUUCAUCAGGUUCAAUCUCUUUCCAUUCCUUUUUUGAUGUCCAAAACAGGAAUUUUAAAAAUCUGUGAUCUCCAACGUAAAACGAACUUGAUUAAAUUUCUAUGUUCGGAAUUAAAUUACCUUUUAUUUUCUCUCUUUCUAUCUAUUUUUACUCAUCUAUCUAUCUAUCUAUCUAUCUAUCUAUCUAUCUAUCUACUUCAAUCUGAUCAUAUCUAUCUGUCUAUCUAUUUCAUUCUGAAUCUGAGAAAACUUCGUAAACUGAAAAUAGACGAAGGCUGUAUAAGUGUGUUCUUUCUUUCUUUCUUUCUUUCUUUCUUCUUUCUAUCUAUCUAUCUAUCUAUCUAUCUCUUCAUAUCCAUCCUAUCUAUCUAUCUAUCUUCUAUCUAUCCAUCUAUCUCAGUCUAUCUUAUAUCUAUCUAUCUAUCUAUCCAUCUUUAUAUCUAUCUAUCUAUCUAUCCAUCUAUCUCAAUCUCUUCAUAUCCAUCCAUCUAUCUAUCUACCUACCCAUCUAUCUCUCAAUCUGUUCAUAUCAUCUAUCUAUCUAUCUAUCCAUUCAUUCAUCUAUCUCAUCUAUCUAUCUCAAUCUGUCCAUCCAUCCAUCUAUCUAUCUAUCUAUCUAUUCAUCUAUCUAUCCAUCAAUCUGUUCAUAUCAUCUAUCUAUCUAUCUAUCUAUCUAUCUAUCUAUCUCAAUCUGUUCAUAUCUAUCUAUCUAUCUAUCUAUCUAUCUAUCUAUCUAAUCUGUUCAUCUAUCUCAUCUCUCUUCUAUCUAUCUAUCUCUGUUCAUAUCUAUCUAUCUAUCUAUCUAUCUAUCUAUCUAUCUAUCUAUCUAUCUCAGUCUAA